UCAUGGCGAUGGCGGCAUCCUCCGCGCUCCAGCAGCCGGACCGCUGCCGCCUCCUCGCGCCGCUCCGGCGGCGGCGCCAGGCCCACCACCUCCUCCGCAUGCUCCCGCCGCCUCUGCUCGUGCCCCCGCGCUGCCGGCGCGGGGCCGUGAGGUUCUCCUCCGGGGACGGCGGGGGCAAGGGAGGGUCUGCGGGCGCCGUCGAGAAGCGCUCGGUUCCGGCUCCAGUUCCGGAGGCGGCGAAGGAGAAAGGGGGUGAAGGGGCGGAGGAGGUGGAGGUGGCCGUGGCCGUGGACGAGCGGAAGCUGGAGCUGAGGUGGCCGCCGUGGGAGGGGCUGCCGGAGCGGUACAGGCUCAUGGGCGCCACCUCCCUCGCAUUCGUCAUCUGCAACAUGGACAAGGUUAACUUGAGUGUUGCGAUUAUUCCAAUGUCGCACCAGUAUGGCUGGAACUCGUCGACCGCUGGCUUAGUUCAGUCGUCCUUCUUCUGGGGUUACGCUUUGAGUCAACUACCUGGGGGUUGGCUCGCGAAACUGAUUGGUGGAAGGACAGUGCUUAAGGUUGGUGUUCUCGCGUGGUCUUUGUCCACUGCUGUUAUUCCUGCUGUAGCAGGAUUUAUGCCAGGACUUGUGCUAUCAAGGAUUCUGGUAGGUAUUGGAGAAGGUGUCUCACCAUCAGCCGCUACAGAUUUAAUUGCAAGGACCAUCCCAAUUCAAGAAAGAUCAAGAGCGGUUGCUGUUGUUUUUGGUGGCUUAAGCUUUGGAAGUGUCUUAGGUUAUCUGUUCGCCCCUCCCAUUAUUCAGAACCUUGGCUGGGAGUCCGUCUUCUACAUAUUUGGUCUUCUUGGAGUUAUUUGGUGUAUAGGGUUUGAAUCUAUAAAAGAAUUGCAAUCAACUGACAGUGAAGACAACAUACUAAAUAUUGAACAGUCUCCUACUGGAUCCAAUGGUCUUAUCUCAUCACCUGUGUCUUUCAAAUCAUCGGACCCCUCAUUGGAAGAGAUGAAAGACUCGAUAAAGGAUGUGCCUUGGAGGGAAUUUUUCAAAAGCAAGGCAGUGUGGGCCAUGAUAUAUGUUCACUUCUGUGGAAGCUGGGGGCACUAUACUUGUUUGUCUUGGCUCCCGACAUACUUUAGUGAGGAGCUAGACUUGAACUUGACAGAAGCUGCUUGGGUUUCAAUUCUUCCCCCGUUAGGCUCAAUGAUCAUUACAUCUAUUGCAGCACCUUUUGCAGACAACUUGAUAUCAAGUGGAGUUGACACCACAAAGGUACGAAAAAUAUGUCAAACAAUUGCGUUUCUGUCACCUGCAGCUUUUAUGAUGCUUUCCUCUGUGGAUCUUGGACUGCCUCCCUGGGUAAUCGUGGCUUUCCUGACAAGUGGCUUGGCACUCUCUAGCUUCGCAUUAGCAGGCCUUUAUUGCACCCAUCAAGAUAUAUCUCGUGAAUACGCAAGCAUUCUCCUUGGAAUCACAAACACUGUAGGGGCUGUGCCCGGAAUUGUUGGUGUUGCGCUGACAGGCUAUCUCGUUGACACGACUCAUUCUUGGAGUAUGUCUCUCUUUGCCCCUUCAAUCUUCUUUUACUUAACUGGUACCGUGGUCUGGUUAGCAUUCUUCAGCAGCGAGCCCCAGGAUUUUAACAAGUCAGCAUUGGAUUCGUUAACAGAAAGUAAUCAGUAGUUACUCACUGGUUCCGUUUCCUGGAAAGGAUCAUUUGGAAGGAUAUUUCUCAGAGUUUAGUUCGCCCUGGACAGCAAAUUUAUGGAGCUCCUGGGCGCUAGAUCAGUAGAAUUUUAGUUGCCAGGAGGAGACUGGUAGGAACAAGUAGACUGUAAAUGUACAUGCAACGGGUAUUUUCUGCCAUACUAUAUUGUAGAGAUCUCUGUAUAUUGUAUAGGCCUUGUUGUAGUGAAUUUUCUGUGUAUGUUCUGGCACAAUUUUGGAAUGGAGGUGCCUGUCACUGUUUUCCAUUAUAA